ACCCGGAAGGGGCGGGCUCGGUUCUAUCGCGGGGCUCGGUUCUAUCGCGGGCUCUGUCGCGGGCUCUGCUCUCUUCUGUCGCGAUGGCGCUGGAGUCGCUGCGCUACCGCCGCGGCUCCCUCGAGGUUCUGAACCAGCGGCUGCUGCCGGGGCAGCUCCGCUACGAGCGGGUGGGGGGCGUGGAGCGCGCCUGGAGCGCCAUCCGCGACAUGGAGGUGCGGGGGGCUCCGGCCAUCGCGCUGCUGGGCUGCCUGAGCCUGGCCGUGGAGCUGGCGGGGGGCCAGGGCCCCUGCGAGGAUUCGGGAGCCCUGGAGGAGUUCGUGGGGCAGAAAUUGGGGUUCCUGCUCAGCGCCCGCCCCACGGCCGCCAACCUGGGCCGUGAGGCCGAGCGGCUCCGCGCCUUCGUGCGGCAGCGGGCGGAGACCCCCGGGGUGACCCCCCAGCAGCUGCGGGAGAGCAUCAUUGAGUACAUCGAGGGGCUCCUGGAGAAGGACCGCAGGGACAACCGGAACAUCGGGGCGCACGGGGCGAGCCACAUCCUGGGGAGGGUCCCGGGGGGGGGUCCCGUCACCCUCCUGACCCACUGCAACACCGGGACGCUGGCGACAGCGGGCUACGGCACCGCCCUGGGUGUCGUGCGGGCGCUGCACCAGCGCGGGUCCCUGUCGCGCGUGUUCUGCACCGAAACCCGCCCCUACAACCAGGGCUCGCGGCUGUCGGCGCUGGAGCUGCGCCACGACGGCGUCCCCGUCACGAUAAUCGCCGACAGCGCCGCCGCCGCCGCCAUGAGGGAGCGGGGAGUCCAGGCCGUGGUGGUGGGCGCGGACCGCGUGGCCGCCAACGGGGACGUGGCCAACAAGAUCGGGACGUUCCAGCUGGCGGUGGCCGCGCGGCACAUGGGCAUCCCCUUCUACGUGGCCGCCCCGAGCAGCACCUGCGACCCGACGCUGGCCUCGGGCCGCCUGAUCCCCAUCGAGGAGCGCCCGGGGACAGAGCUCACCCACCUCGGGGGCGUCCUCCUGGCUGACCCCGAGGUGGACGUGUGGAACCCGUCCUUUGACGUCACGCCGCAGGAGCUCAUCACGGGGGGCAUCAUCACGGAGUACGGGGUCUUCGCCCCCUCCGAGGUCUGCCGGGAGCUGGCGGAGCGAGGGGAGCCCUGACGGCUUCUGCCUCGCUGCACCCCGGCGUGCCUUGCGUCGCGGUUCGGUAUAUCGCGACAGAUUUGGUUACAAUAAAAAUCUCGGUGUAUCCCGACA